GAAACGUUCAGGGGUUCGUGUGCAUUUUAUUAUCCAAUACCUGUAAAGGAUUCUGGGAUAUAAUUAUUUUACGUAACAAAAGUUGAAACAUCUCCCCCUGGCACGAUGAACUUGGCACCGUGGACUCGAGGCUAAAUUAAGCUUUUGGCUUGCUUCAAGCUGAUUGGUUUAUUAUCUACGAUUCAAAACAACCAAAUUAGUUACCAUCGCCGCCAUCUUGAGCUAUACGUUCUUCCUUAGAGAUUCUAGUGUUAAAAUCCGUACCAUCUUGAGUGCAUCGUCCUUGUAAAACAUUUCUCGGGUCCUGUGUCAAGUCUUAAAUUAUCAAUCUACCCCAGGCUCGGCUUUUUUUGCAAUUUUAUCGAGAAGGAGCAAGUUAAAACGCAAUGGCUUGUGCUACCCUUAAGAGGUCUUACGAGUUUGACCCUCUUCUUACGCCUCAACAUCAACCCUCACCGAAAAGAAGAAGAUGCAUUCCGCUUAAACCAUCAACCCCUCCUCCGUCAGUCUCAGCGGAAUCCCAUUUUCGUGGCGCUGCUCCAAGAUUAUCACAAGGUAAUGCUUAAUUUUGCUAUAUCAUAGUUGGUUUUACAGCUGAGCUUUUCUUUGCGACGUAUAGGGUUCGUUGAGUUUCAGUGUGACACAAUCCUUAAGUGAGACCAUUUUAAGUUGUAAAGGCGAAAACUUUUCUCAGUGCAUCAGCUUCAAUGGGGUAACAUUUAAAUGUUCAUUUCUUUUGAAAUUUAAGUCAAAAUCGAGGUGAUCGUUGUUGGGCGAACGUCGUCUCUGUAAGGUAUUCUUUGUUUCUUGCGUGUUCUUAUACAUUUUCAACUUUCUUUUACCUUUUCACAAGAAUUACUGUCGGUAUUGUUUAAGUUACUGUUUUGUAGGACUAGAGAGACAACUGAAUACGUUUAUUGAUCCCCAAGUUUAUUUCUUAGGAACAUUUUGCAAAAUUUAUGUGAGUUCAAAGGUAGAUGGUACUGAAAUCGAUUGUGCUUGUGUGAUGACGCCAAUCGAGAUAAGCUCAUGAGGUUGCACAUUUCUUUCAAGGCUUUGGUGUUAAAAAUGUGAUUCGUUUAUAUUUGCGGCGUUCUCUUAUGGCUCUGGUUAUAUUGAACUCAGGAUAAUUGUUUUUGUGGGCGAGUUUACUUCGAGAAUUCUUGCGAAAUUGUUGCAAACUUGAAUGGAAUUUCACAAAUGUCGUCUGCCCACUGCACUGAGACGAAGUUAGAAGAAAGAUUGCCUUAUUUGAUAGCGGAGCGGGUGUCAAUUCGUGUUUUGCCGGUGAUUUUUUUCUUUCUAUUUAACUGGAUAAAUUCAUUGUUACACUCAAAUGAUAACAUGUGGUAUGAUGGUGCGAAAAGGCCUCUACUUUCAUCUGUUCGUUUCUUACUUGUAUACAUAUUGAAAUGCAAAUGAACCAGAAAUUUCUUUGAAGAUAUGAAAGAAAACGAUCGUAUGUUUCUAUGAUAGGAAGAGCUUAUUGUUCUUGGUUUUAACACAGCUUGUUUAAAUUCAUCCUUUCAUAACUAAAUGUUUGAUAUGGUAAACUGCUCCCAUAGAAAUCUUUGUAGAAUGAAUGAUUAUGAUGGUCCACGAUAUGUAGCUGUUUUUCAUGAAAGAUAUAUUGUGUCCAUGCAUAUAGUUAAAUAUUUAGGCAAGACCUGUGGUUCUGAUUUGAUUUCAUGAAUAGAUAUUGAUGGAUUGUGGUCAUUCUCAAAAUAUGUUCCCUUUUAAAAUCUGAAAAUUAAUUAUAAAUUUGAUUUGAAUUGAGCUGAAUGUUUGAAACACAUGGUUUGAGUUUUUUAGCUGUAAUAGGUUUCUAUACUUUUAAGCAGAAACUUUUGGUGUCAUGCUGUAUAUAGUACAGGCUUCACCUUGCUUAUGAUGUUUUGUCAUUUUUAUUAAACCCUCAUCUGGUAGGAUUAUGACAUCUCCUUUGAAGUGCAGGUUGGCAUGUGACUUCAUCAUGUUUCCAAACUGAAAAUAUUACUAAUCCCUUUGAGUUUUUAGUUUCAUCGGCUGUAAGAAAAAUUGAGAAAAUGAACUUUUACUUAUUUAUAGCCUAUUCUGUAAUAGAUUUGGAUAAUGUGAUAUUUUAACCAGUUUUUAGCCCAGGACAGAACAUUUUAAGAUGCAAGGGAAGUGUUUAAGAAGGCAGUAUCAGCCCUGUUAGCUUUCUUCAUUCCAUUGCUAGUCAUAGCCCCACUCAAUUUUAAAAUUUUAACUCUCUUAGAUUGUUUGGCCCAAUUAAGUUUUGCAAAGAUGGUUUUUUUUUCCUUUUUUUUUAAACAUCCUUGAAUUUGAAGAUGAGUAUUUCUGUGGUGGCAUUCAAGAUAUAGCUGAAUUACAGUGUUACUUUAAAUACUGACUUGGGUGGGAUAAUUCUGUGUAAUUUGGUUUCUUAUCUUGGUAAGAUUUUAAGGGUCAUUACUUUUCUUCAGGGAGAGUUAUUCACAGUCACAGAACAAAAACCAUUUUAAAAGCAGUGCUUUAUAGAGCUUUGCUUGAUGUUGCUUGCAGUAAUCAACAAAAAGGAUUUGAUUGAGAGAUGUUCUAUAUCUCUUAUUAACACACCCUUCCAUGAUUUGUGGCUCUUUAGAAGUAUUAUUUUUUUUUAACUUCAAAUAAGUAUGCCAAUUUUUUUCCACACAGGGAUUGUUAUUGAUGUAACAUUUAUUGGUUUCCUUCAAUGUUUAGAUCAAGUUUCAGCGAGCAUUAAUCAGGAAUGGAGAAGACUCCAGAGGCGAAAGCAUCUCAGAGUGCCGUGUCCAAGUUCCCCUGAAAUGAGUUCUUUCUCUUCAUAUUCACCUGGAUCUUCUCCCCCACGGAAAGAACAACCUCUUUUCACUCUUAAACAAGUAACGCUCAUCUGUGAAAGAAUGCUAAAAGAAAGAGAAGCGCAAGUUACAGAGGAAUAUGAUAAAGUUUUGAGAGAAAAACUGGCAGGUUAGUGACUGAAUAUCAUUUUGAGUAGCAUACUGGAAAGUUCUCUCCCUUAUUGAGGUGUUUAUUUUUAGUUUAGGGAAUGCUAUCCUGUAAUGCUCUGUUGACCAAACAUUAUGAUUUUUGGUCUGUUCAUCUCUUUCUGUCAUCUGACACCAGACAUCAGAUUUAACUGUAGUCAACAGGGUUGAUUUACAUGCUAAUAUCAUGAAAGGAAGAGUAGCACCUGAUGGCAUUGGUGAAUUGUCUAGCCAAACUACAUGUAUUCAUGGAAGAAUUAUUCAACUGUGACUUAUUUUCUUAUUAAUAUUUGAUUUAUCUUUUCUUUUUUAGAACAAUAUGAUGCAUUUGUCAAGUUUAAUUAUGAUCAGGUGCAGAGAAGAUUUCAAGAGACCGCACCAACAUGUAAGAAUUGCAAAAUUCAAAUUUUUUUUGGCCAAAGUCUACAAAAGUGCAUAUCUUUUUCUGUCUCACCAUUUGUUUCAUUCUCAGUUCCUUACUUUCAUGCCUUUAUAAAAUUCAAUUUUUUUAAUGGCAUGCGAUGGAGACGUUUUUAAAGAAAGGCAGCCAGUUGAGAUUUUGGUCUGGUUAGCUGCUACCAAGAUGUUGUCAAAGAUGUCUUCUUUUUAAUCUCUAAUCUUCCUUACCCUAAAGCAGGUCCUCUUCAUAAUACUUUGCUCCAGCUAAUGAAAAAUGCAAUUGAUCGCUUUUUUCUAGACCAGUGAAGGUCACAGGAAAGAUGAUGAGCAACACCCCUUUAUUUGUGAUGUUUCUAAUUAGCAAUGGAAUGCUUACAAGUAACACACUGAAGUGAAGUUACUUUGAAAGACCUUUUCUCUUAACCAAACAAGAAAUCCUAGAUACUGAUUAUCUCUGUGUUAAAAAAAAAAAACUUGUUGAACAAGAAGAGUUCAACUCUCAUUAUAACCACUAUGUCCAGUAUUUUGGCACAUUUUGCAGGCUAAAAUGGAUGUUUUAAAUUUUUGCUCAAUUUUUUUGCAUGAUUGUUCAGACGGUUUUGUUUAGUUCAUUUUUUUUCCAAUGCCCUCCAAAGUAAUAAUAGAAAGUAGUAAUACAGGUUGUUCUUGGGCUUAAUUAUUUUUUUCUUUUCUUUUUUGGUUCUUGGGCUUAAUUAUUUUUUUGCUUGGGUUUAAAUGAUUGUGAAUUGGGCCCCAAAACAAAUUCAUGCCUGGGAACAUAAACUCCAUUGUUUUAUUCCACCAUGUGAAUUAGAUAUAUUCACAUGUCUAAGGAAUGACAAAAAAACAGUUUUCACUACGGCCCUCAAUUUUGCUGGUCUUCUCAAGGGAAACAUGAAACUUGUGCAGAACUUGAAUGGAAUUUCCAUGAAUUACAUGCCAAGCCUGAUGCCCUUUGUGAAUAUGUCAGUGCACACAAGCAGUAUCAUGGCUGUUAGUCAAAAACAUUGUCACUAUUGCAUGUUCAUUUGAUGCUACUUCUUGCCAUAUCUCCUAUUUAUAUUUUGAUACAUGUCUUGUUUCUCUUUGCAGAUGUUUCGUAAAAAAUUGUUCCUGAGCUGGCUCAGCAGAACACUCAUUGUCCACUUCCAUCUAGUUGCUAUUUCAAAAGCAAGAGCAAGAUUUUAAGGAAAUGCUGUAUAGACAAUCAUAAGCAAUAGUUAAUGACAAUUACAAGGACUAUUUUUAAGUGAUCACCAUAGAAGACUAAUCGUUUCUUACCAUGCCUCUUCUUGUCAUUGUAUUACAAGUCUUGAAAAAAAAUUGGUUCAUGUUAUCCUUUGAUCAGAGAUCAUAUCCUCAUCCUUUCUGAUGUGAAGUGAAGUACUUGUCAUUAAAGAAACUAUAGAACCAGCUUCACUUCAACUUUUGUUAUUUCAUUUCUUGUGAUUCUUAACUUUUUGGUGUUCACUGUUAACUAGUGUAAAUAUGUUUGUAAAUAAGAUUGGCUGAUUAAUUCAAGUUGUAAAUCUGUUUUGUUUCUCAAUCUAGAAUUUUUGUGUCAUUAUCUCUGUCUGAAUAUCUGUUGACAUUAAAUAGGAAAUAGUUGUUAGGAAGCAACAGGGAAAUAAAAUUUGUUCUGUAAGCAGUCCGGAUGGUUUUUUUUAUACAGUAUUAUAUUUGAUGCUAAUCAGCUGUAACUAUUUUAUCUGGUACUGGUAAACUAAGUUUUCAAGUGGCCGAACACUUGAGGAUGAUAUUCCUCCAAUGAUGUUUUCUAAUUUUAACCUUGCAUCCCUUCUGACCAGAGAGGAUGGUCAAGAGGGCCCUUUUUUCUGAAAAAGAGACAAACUACAUGAGAAUAGUAACAGUCCUCAUUCCAUACAGUAAACGUGAGAUGUAAGGAAAGAAAAUCAAUUUGAAUGAAAAAUAUGGCAAUUGAGGCUAUUAUUUCUAAUUUCCCUGACUUUACGUGAAUGAUUUUGAGUAAUGGUGAUUAAAUUAAGUAGAGUCCAAUGAAUCUGUUGAAUCUUACUUACACCAACCCAACCACUUUCUUUGCUCGCCCAAUUACUCAUGAAGUUUUCAUCUACACCUCUCUUUCCACCCUUACUUUCCCCUUUUCAGUCGCAUAGUUUCUUCGUUAAAGUACGUUAUAUAUUUAUCUACAAGAGUUCCAAGAUGUUGUCAAUACGCGAGUGGUAACAGAAGAACCUUUAGAUAUUGUUUUAACCUUCAGGAAAGCUUAUGCUUUCAAGUAACUUUUCGUCAACGUGACCCAGGAUAUUACGGAGCUUGGGUUCUCGUUGACACUUGACCAGUGUGGUUUGAAGUGAUGUAAGAUAAAGCAGGAAAUGGAAGAGUCAUUAUUAAUCGAGAAUCGUUAAGUCCAUGAGUAACCAAGGUCGCCAUAACUAUGAUCUCCAUCUCGUCCCAUUCACGAUUUUCAGAGAGACUAAAUAGAAUAUAUCUCAUAUCAUAUCAAGUGAUAGUUGUUUUACAGUUGUAUUUCUUGACAUGAUAUCGAUUUUGGGGGGGUUCUUGAAUUGAGAAAAAUUAAACGCAAAUGGUGAAUCGUCCAAUAUCAUUAUUGUUGAGUUGCGUGAUGUGUUCCUCCUGUUAGCAUUUAUUCCUUUCCGGCCCUCUUCCGUUACGUCAUCGGAAGGAGUUCGUGGACUCGGUCGCGUUCCGUGAAACAUUCGAAAGCAUGCGUUGACGCGAGAAGGGCCCGCGAAUUAUUCAUAAUCCCUUCUGUUCUCAUGACACAUUGGGGAAACAGAGUGUGCGUGUGUGUUUGUGAUGGCAAAGUUUUCUGUCAGAAGACACUCUGAUCCGUUCUUUGUUAUAGCGUUGAAGGAGGCCAUCGUUAAGAUAUCCGCUCAGAAACAGUGUCCGAAUGAAGGCAGGAUUGUUCGAUCGGUCCUUCAAGAAUUCGAUUGGAGUAAAACGGAGAUACAGAAGCAGUUAAAGUUCGCGGUUAAAGAUGGUUUGAUUCUUCAGGUGACUACAUUUUCUAGCCAUGGGAGUACUAAAGGAAUCCCUCAAACUGCUUACAGGAUUCUUCGGAAAGAUGGCGAAGACGAGGUGAGUACCUAUGGUUUCAUGUCUUAGAACACGCGCACAUUCAUCGCGCAGGAAGUGGUAUUCGGGAUUCGUUUUACUACUUCCAAUUGUUUAUGUAUUAAAGGCUUAUAAGAGCGGGGGCGUUUCGAUGACUGGUCCCAUCUCUAACUGGUUUUACCGUUGAGAGAGUGAAGACGACGUUUGUGAUCGUGUAGGUCAUGUUUGUAACUAUUCUUGUGCGUCUGAGGCAUUUCUGUUUAGGCAGUUACACUUCGAUGGUUUCCAUCAUGCUGACCCGAACAUGCAAAUUGAGAUUUUAACAAAACAAGAAUAUUCAUGACACGAAAAAAUACAAAAAAAUUUUAUUAAUGGAACUCUUUCGAAUAUAGAGUAUCAUUCUGUUGGGGGAUUUAAUCAUUUCCUCCGGAGCUAAAACAUAGCGAGUUGUGUGUCGUGCGACCAAGCCGGUGUAUUUCUGCUUUUUCGGAUGGUCCUUAUCAUGCAGAUUAGCAGCGUUUGUGUCUCAUUGUUGUAUUCCACGUUAAAGAAGCUUGUCUAUGAAUAUUUAUUACUGUUUGCGGUCACUUAAAUGCUGUUGCCCUGAAUUAACAAGUGUUUGACUUGUUGCGUUGCUAACUCCACGUCAUUUAGCUUAACUAAAGGAACGCUUGGGUCGUUUCUAAACAUGGCAACUUUCUCACUCGUGCAACGCUCGAGUCAUUACCCCUUCUCGGGUUUUUGCACUAACUCAGCCGGUUCGUGUUCUUCUCAUUCCUUUUAGUCUCUCAGACUUAAUCUGUUCAUUGGUUCCGGCUUCUGACUUCAUUUGCAUCUUUUUUAUCCGUGUUGGUAUAAUUUACUUUCCCUUCAGCUCUUAAUUAUUUAAUACUUUUUUCAGCUUUUUCGCGUGAACCAUUUUCGAUCCAAAAUGCAUUCGCAAUACAGAAUUUGUAGAAAUACUCCCUAGUUUGACGGUUGUAAUUUCAAUUUUAUGAUAAAAUGGUGCUUUUAGCAUAACGAGAGAAUAUUUGAGCCAUUGAUUCUGACUUUUGUAGGUGUCGAUGCUUUGAAAAGCUUAAUCUUACGAAGAAACAAUCGAUUGCUUUGUUAAAGCGAUAUUGUUCGUUCUUGAUAGUAAUCUCAAUCCUUAGGUUAAGAAAAAGUUUGAUUUGUAUUUAAAACAAGCUUAAAGCAAUGAAACAAGUCAUUUUUGUUAAUAGCCUUAUAGUUUAUCACUGUAGUGCAAGCCACUUUCAUGCAUCAAACCUCCAUUCAAAUUACGAAAACCUUUUGUUAUAGGUCAUUUGCAUAUCUUAUGUAUGACAUCCAAAAAGUUAGAUAUCGUCACUAUGGUUUGAAGUUAUUGUAGCAGAAUUCUUUUAAAAACCAGUUUGUGGUCAAAAUAAAAAAUUGUCAAGUCCACUAUCAUAACUACAUGGUUAGGAGUUCAGUCUUAGCCAAGAGAGCAAAGUGUCAGUCCUAUUGUCUCUGACAUGGUAGAUUCUCUCGAGGCACUUAAUUCUACCUUUGGUAGACAGGAUGAAGUAGUUUAGAUUAGAGUUUCAGACAGAUUCCCUAAGGGGUCACAAAACAAGACUUGUUGGUUCAUUUGUGGAGAGUUCUAAAUAAUUAACAAUGAUAACUGGAGGAUGUUUAGUGCAGUUGCAAGAAUUAUAAAGGAUGAGAGGUGUUUUAUCUGCUGAAACAAAAGGCAGAGGUGGAUAAAGCUAACCUAGGUCUUGACAUUUCUAGUCCCAAUCUUGCAAAAAGCAAAUUAAAAAAAUUUUGUGACAUCACUUUACAUGCAUAUUCAAGUAAGCUAUUGUUUGUAGUUAUGACAUAAUGAGAACAUAGCAAGCAGCUGAUAGAAUGGACUUCAUGCUUAUAGUCAACCUGCUUUGAGGUAGUAUCAUUUAUAUAUUAUUAUAGUGCUGAUUGUUUGGAGAGCCUGUGUUCUGUCACAUGCUGCAUUUUCAGUGCCAAUUGGGCAUGCUGGGAACGUUUUUAGUGGUGUGGUGUCAUGUGCUAGCAAUGUAUGCAAAUUCUUGUUUCACCUUGGAAGGUUUGCUGAAUUAAAUCAUGGUUACACUGCUGGAGCCUUGUCUUUGAUAAUCUUAACCUCCACUAAAGGACAAUACUAAUGGACUAGAACUGCCUGCAUGGUCAGUGAGACCAUGUUACAGGGGAUGAAAAUCUUUCUUAACCUCUGGGUGCAAAAUUAAAAAAAAAAAAUUCCUUUUUGGCCUUUUUUGAUAGUUGAAGCACAACUACAUGAAAUUCUGUGCUCACAUUAAAAGAAGAAACAGCAAUCAGAUAGGCUGAAUGUCUGUCAUAAAGAUGGAAGUGGUCAAUGUCAACAGAUAUUAUAUGCAAAUUUUUUUUCUCGCGAUGGAAGUAAACCAGACAAUAUCGGGCACUUUUAAUUCAAAACAUACAAACAUCUUGUCACCAAAGUGGUGUCUAGACUAGCACUACACCAACCCCUUUGUCACAUUAGCUUCAUCUCCAUCAGUCUCUCUAGCCCUGAAUCAUGUUAAACAAUCCAGUUCAGUUACCAGAAAAAUACUUUAGAAUUCUAAGUGCUCUUAAUUUCAGUUUUAAUUUUGUUUGUAUGUUUGUUUGUUUGUUUUUUUUUUGCGUUUGUAAGUUUUCUACUGUAUGAUUGUUAGCUGAGUACUUUAGACUAAUAAAAAUCAUUGCACAUAGACUUGUUUACUGACAGGGUUGAAGGUUAUUCAGCAGUUGUGCUCUGAAUUUCAUAUCAGAUCUGUGUAUAAGAUCUGACAUUCAGCAACUGUAGCUGGCUUCUCUAAAAAGUUUCAUUAAUGUCUUUUGUUAUAAACUCAAGGUUCAACAGCAAUAUAUUAGUGGUUGACUUUAUCACAGCUUGCCACCAAAUAUCACCUUCUUUACACAACCAACUGUUUUCUUCAAAACUUAAACCAAAGCCUGUAAAGAAUUGCCUUUCUUAUGUAUUUCUUUGUCAUCAGGAUGAAAUAGAGAAGCAAAAGAAAAAAUUAAGUUCCAACACUCAUGACUGGUAUUGCUGGGAAUGUCACAAAGCAGGAGAAGUGAUUGCAUGUGAAUACUGUCCUCGUGUGUUUCACAGGAAGUGUGCUCAUUCUGGUACAGUUGCAAAUGGCAAAUGGAAAUGCCCAUCCUGCCAGGUAAUCAGUAAUUUAUUUGUUCUGUGUACAGGCUGGAGACAGAGUGACAGGGGCUACUCUACUGGCCUCUGGAUGGAAUGGUCUGGGCUCCAGCUCUGUGGGGUCAUAGUGUUGUGUUCUUAGGCACAACAAUUCUCUUCCACAGUGGGUGUCUCCACUCAGGGUGACUUGAUGAAAUGCAAGGGGCUUAUCUGCAAUUAACCAGCAUCUUACUCUAGAGGAUUAAUAAUACUCCUGGUCACUUUCUGCAACUGAUAUACUCCUGCAGCUGUGAGCUACAGUGUGGUACACAGUGUUUUUCUUUCCAGGCAGUAGCUGGUAAAUUUAUUCCUAGAGUACUGUUAUCUCAUCUUACUGGGUUGAAAUGGCUGAUAAUUAUUGAAAAUUGAAUGGAAAAAGGAUUGCUCUACUGGUUUGAAAAUUUCUUUCAGCUGUCGUCCUCAAAAUAAGGGAGAAGUUUUCAUGCAUAAUUCAUAUUGUUUGAGUUGAAUGGGAUGAUAUCAGGUUUAUUUUUAAACUUCAAGUUAGUUGAUGUCUGUCUGGACAAUUUUUUCACAAGUGGAAGUGAUAAAGGCUGAUAAAGCACCCACUUUCAUUUAAACAUUUAAGCUUCUGCAAGAGCUACCCUAUGAAGUUGUAAAGAAGGUAAUAGAGAUAUUAACUUUAGUUGAUCUUAUUGCUUUUGUUAUCUUUGCUGUUCCUGUGACCACAGCCCCAGAAGCUCUCUGCCUUGAUGGCAAACAAGACCCCAGACCAGCUUGCUAAGUUGCUGAAAUUUACUCUGGAGAGAAUGAAAGAAAAGGUAACUCAGUAUACUUCUUGUGGUUUUUUAAUAUUGUCUAUAUUUAUGCUAGGGAGGGGUUUUGGAAACUCCUAAUGGUAAUUACAUCUCAAAAGGCAAAAUAUUUAAAGGGAAGUGUGAAGGAAAGCAAAGUGGGAAGUUCAGAUUAAAAAGAUCACCUUUAUUUCUUACUGAAACUUGACAAUCAAGGCUAAAUUGUGUUGUUUACCUAAAUACAUCUGCAAACUUAGAGAGGUUCUUUUGAAAUCAUCAUAUGUGACUUCAUAAGCAUUUUACAAAUGCCAGCAUACACACAUGUUGCUCAAUUGGAUAAAACGAUCAUAUAUGUGCUAUAAUAUUAAAACUCCACAUGAAAUUUGCUGUGAUUUGUUCACAUAUGCAUGGUAGCUGAAAGAAAAUUUUAAGAAAUACCAGAUAAGUUUUCCAAGAAAUUAUUAACCUGGAAAUUAUGAAAAUCUAGUUUUUAGGCUCAAAAAUAGGGGGCGACUUAUGCAUGGGAUCAACUAAUACUGGAUUAAAUACAGUAAUUGUGUUGGUGAGGGUGAAUAACAAUGCAGGAACUUGAUUGAAAUCAACGUCAUUGUUACUUGUUUGUUCAGUGUUUUUACAUAUUUGUGGCAGAAACUAAUUUGUCCUUUUCCUUCUGAGGACUGACUGUUAAGACAUUCAUACCCUGCAAUCAACUUGUACUUUAUGGUGCAAGCUGCAUUACCACUUCACAAUCAAAGUUGCUGUAGGAAGUUAUUAGAUUGUGAACAAAUUAUCAAGUUAUUGAAAGACAUCAAGUUAUCAAGUCAUUUUUAUUAAGUUUAUAUCACUGAUGAUUCUGUUGAAACAUUAUAAGUUGCUCUUGAGGAAAUUCUUGACUCAAGCAACAGUUGUUAUUGGUCAUACCAUGUUUUUUGGCAAUCCUCUUUCAAGUUAGAUGUAUAUUAGAUAUGCAGUAGGAUUAUCUCUCUAUGUUAUUGAGAGGUAAUAAAGUAAGUGACUGUCUUUGGCAGGCCAAGGAAUUGAUGGAGCCAAUUUCUCAAGAUGAGCAUCCAGAUUAUGAGGACUUCAUAUUCAAACCAAUGGAUCUUAAGAAUUUGGAAAAGGUUUGUAAUACAUAGUGUUCUCUGGAAGCACCAGUGUAGGCUGCUCUUUUCUUAAGUGGCAUCUGCUUUAAUCAGGUAAUUGGUGGCUGGCUUCUGAUAAAUCUCUGAUGAACUCUGGCUUUCAAACAUGGAUGAAAAAUAUACAGUCAAACAAAUGCAAGACAUGUCUCUACCUGGCUUUGUGUAUUCCAAAGGAUGAAUUAACUUUAGUUAUAAAUCUCACUUCACAGGUUAAGAGAUGUAAAAUAGAACUCAGUAUUCUUGCAUAUAUGCCAGAUGGUUUCAAAAGAUGUAUGAGUUUAUGCUUAGAUCGUAUCUUUUUAUUAAUUUGGGGAACAGGUGUGAUGCAAUGUUGCAUUUUAUUCCUCAGCUGGUUGAAAAGAAAUCAUUUAAGUCUCCUAAAGAAUUCAGGGAAGAAUCUCAAUGGAUAUUUCACAAUGCGAUCAUUUAUUUUGGAGGUAAUAAAAAAAAAUACUGUUAACAUAAAUCAGAGUUCUCAAAACAAAUAGGUACCUAUCUUAAAGCAUACGGGUGUGCUUCUUGGCUGAAGUGUUGUUGGUAUGUAGCGAACAGUUGUGAUAUUUGGCAGGAAAGUUCUGAUAAAAGGUAAAAAUUCUCUCUAUGAGAGGAUUUUUUUUUUUUUAGUUGCACAAGCUUUACAAGAACUAUAACUCUUUCAGUACUUAAUCAGUAGGCCACUUCUUAUUGGAAACUUCAUUUGGAAUUUGAAUGAAAAGUUAUUUUUGUUUUGUAGACGAUGAUGAUAUCACAGAUCUUGCAGAAGCCAUCAUGGAAGACUGCGAUGGAGAGGUGGGUACCUAAUGUAAGCGAUUUAGUGUAGCCUUUGUCAAGGAAGCUUAGUUGUCACAUGCUAAAUUUAUUUUGGGUUUUUUAAUUUUUAUUUUAAUUUUUAGCUUGAAGAGAUGGUUAGAUGCCCAGACUGUUACUUGAUGUCAAAUUUACGAACUAAAAAUUGGUUCUGCAAACCUUGUGUAAGUAUUAUUUGAAAAUAUGUAAUAUCCAAAUUUUGAUGAUAAUUUUUAGGGCUUCUCCAUUUAAUAUUAAAGCUGAUGAUUAGAUUCUCAUUAAUUUUGAGUUGAAUUGUAAAAUUAAAAAGGGAUGCACCUUUCCUCUAGAGCAAGUAUGUAAAAACAAAGAUUAAGUAACCUAGCCUAAAUUAUGUCAAAACUCAUACUAAAACUUCAGAAAUGCAUCAACAGACUUAUGUUUCACAUGAGUGACUGUUCAAAAUAUCUUUCUGUCACAUUUUAGUUGUUAGAACAGACUCCCCCUACCUCCUCUUCAAUCAGUUUAAUGAACAACUAAAAACAACUCUUCAUGUAACUCUGAUGAUGACUUCUGCUCUGGUUGUCAAAAUGUCAGUCACUUCUACAGACAACAGUCCAUCUCAGGACUCCUUCACCCAGAUGUCAGUCACUUCUACAGACAACAGUUCAUCUCAGGACUCCUUCACCCAGAUAGUCACACUACAUACUCAUUUCUGAUGUUGUAAAUAAUUUUGGAUCAGUAACUCAGAGUGGGAUUUCCUUCUUUUUUUUUUUUCUUUUCGAUUACAGUAUUUCCCCCAUGAGCUUGUGUGGGCAAAGAUGACAGGGGAACCACCAUGGCCUGCUAAGGUAAGGUGAUCUCAUUGUUUUUGUGCAUCAGAAAAAUUUCAAUCCUAUUUAGCUCUGCAGCAUAAAUCAGGCCUAUCAAAUGUCGCUGAGACAAUGUUGUGAUACUUUGAUUAUCGUCAAAAAGUGAUCGGUAACUGUAUAGAGACAUGCUAUGUUGUUGUGAUAACAUGUUGGCAACAGUUAUGUGAUUUUUCUUUCAGUUGUUGAGUUGGAAUAAUGAUGAGACGAAAGCUCUGGUGCGAUUCUUUGGGGCUGCACAUCAAAGGUAUUAGAGUAUAAUAGUUGAAAUUAUGUUUUUCACUCUGUUGGUUUUUUAACCUUCAGUAGUUCAGUCAAGCUUUGUUCGAUUGAGAUAAUUAGAAAAAGAAUUUUGAAAAACAAUGAAUUAUGUUUUUUUACACAACUGAAGUUCUUUUUUCCGUGUCAACCAAUAGGGCCUGGGUUGGCCGGAAACACGUGAUGCCAAUCACAAGUAAGCCGGAAGUCAAAAAACGAUCUCAAAGAUGGGUCCAGGCCAAUGAAGAGAUGAAAGAAUAUCAGAGGCAGCUGGCUCUGCUGUACCCGGACGCUAAUAAAAAGGUAUACGAUGCUUUACAAUGGUGUGAUUUCCUCAGCUGUCCACAAAGAGAGCGCUGAAAGAGUUGGAGUUCCUUAGGUCGGUCGACAUGAUCCAUUUUUCAGUCAAGGACCAAAAGCAAUAUAGGAUUUUGUUCGUUUGUGCCUCGUAGUCGAGACAUUUCACUCCCUUCUGAGCCAAUUAGAGGCAAACCAAAACUAGCUUGUUCAACCGUGUCUAAGGUAGUUUACGGGUUAUUAUUUAAGUUCUUACAUGUCUCUCUGUUGUGAUUUCUUUUGUUACGGCAUUAUUAGACAGUUUUAAAGCGCCCUGAACUGAUGGGAAUCACUCUGUUUUAGGAAACUCCCCCUCUGCCAAAAACCGAGACCAAGGAAUGUCAGACGGAUGUAGUCUUGAAUGAGGAAGACAAAGAAAAGAUAAAACAGUUGGAAGAAAAGGUUCGGCAGCAAGAAGAGGAACUGAAGUCACUCCAGGCGGACUUGAAGUGCGAGCGGGAGCGCGCUAAGCAGCUGGUCGAAGGAGCGAAAAAAAAGAAGGAAGAACAAGACCAACGAGUGUUACGUGACAAGUCUGUGAGUGAACAGAAGGAAACAUCCGAGAACUGUGGCAGUAGCGGCCCAACUAUUGACCUUUCCAUGACUAGGGAUCAGUCAAGUGUUAUAAAAAUGUUACAGGAGGCGCUCGAAAGAGAGAGACAAGAUAAGAAAGAACUUAUAGACAAAGUCACGCGUGAUACUCAAAAGAACAGGGAGCGUGACAUACAACAGGCUGUGAAGAGAGCCGUGAAUAAGGAGAGACUGGAACGAGAGCGUAUCACAGAGGAGGCAGUGAAGAAAGCUGUAGAGAAAUGCAAACAGGAAAGAGACAGGCAUACUCAAAAAACGCUGCAGAUUGCUAAAGACGAGGCUGAAAAAUCAGUGCAGGAUGCAGUCAGCUUGGCUAAGAAGAAACAAUGGUGUGCGAAUUGCCAUGCCGAGGCUUUUUACCCGUGUUGUUGGAACACAAGCUAUUGUACUUUGGAAUGUCAAAAGGCUCACUGGUGCACACAUAGGUUCCAUUGUUUGAGGGUUACGUGUAGCUGCAAUCGAGAUAGCCCGAUGACGCAAUCGUGACGUCAUGAUUAGCCCACGUUGACCGCUGGUCUCAAUAAUGUAAGGUGACAUGUGCAUGUAAUCAUGGUAACAGGUGGGGUUGUCUGAUGUAGCAAGGUUUGUUUGUUAAGCGGCUUAGUCAUAAAUUGUAUCCCGUUCGCAUCCAGGCUCGAAUUCUUCCAAUCUUUUAAGUCUGCUUAUCGUUUCUUCAAGAAAAGAAACUUCUGGGAAGUAGCGAGGGCUUAAUCCCGAACUGCGGCCGUUGUCGAACCCAGUUCACUUUGAGUUCUUCCGUGCGAACGGGAUAUGUAACUAACAGUGCAACCCUACAAUUACCCACAAUGUUCUUUUCUGAAACACUCCCUAAAUUAGCAGACUACAUCACUUGAAAGUGCUGUCAAUAUUUCACCAUCAGUCAGAGUUCAUAGAAGCUGAAACUUUUACCUAAACCAACGAUAAAUGCGUUGUUCUGGAAAUUUGUGCAUUGGAAGCUUAUUGCCUUGUUUGACAAUUUCGUGAAUUGAAGCAAGCUGAGGUAAUAAUUGCAAAGUACCAGCCAAAGUAAUCAAGUCAUGGUGAAACCUUUUCAUGGAAAGAUAACGAUCGGUUUGACAUAUUGUUCGUUUGUAAUUUGUACAUUCCUUGUAAGUGGUGUCGCUUAUUUCGCGUUUUGCUUUCGUUUUGUUUUGUGUGUGCGUUUUUAUAUGCCUUUUGUAUGCCUUCCUCAUGCUAUAUAUUUUUUUUUUUUUUUUUUUUUUUUUGAGCUGUUUUUUUUUUUGUAUUUAUACCUUUUUUACAAUUUCCUUUUUUAGAUCUUUUUGUUUGUUUGUCUGUUUGUUUUUGUCUCUCAAUGCUCUAACCUUAUUCCUCGUUAUAAUAUUUCGGUUGGUUUCUUCUUUUAUAGAUGUGGCUUUUGUAAAAAGUUUCAAGUUUCCUUUUUUACUGGUUUAGUUUUUCGUAUUCUUGUACCUACCUUUUUCAAAAGGCUUUUCCAACGUGUUUCCUAUCUCAGUGUUAGCAGGGCGCAGCGAAAUGCUAUCGACAAAUUAGUGUGUCCGCAACAAAAUAAAAUUUGACGUGGCAUAUUUAUCGACUAAAAAUGAAUUCACCUAGAACAUACAUUACGACUGAACACACAUUAUACAGAAUCCUUUUAGUAAUGUCUGCAUGAAAAAGGAGACUGGACCGUAUGUUUUCUUUAACCGUAGUUCUGCAUUAGGAAAACGUUUUCAGUUUGAGAAAAUUCCGAAUUCUAAAUUUCUAUUUUUAUGAUUGCAUCCAAAGAAGAUGCUUGUAAAUAAAGCAAAAAUGAGCUAGUGUAAUUGUGUACUGUAACACUAUUCCUCGGUGGAGGUUAAAUGCCUUCCAAGGCGGUAGAUUCUGAUAGUUUUGAUAUGAGGUUAAAUUCAAAUGCAAUAUUUUUAAGAUCAUCAGUCUAGAAGAUUAACUUCUUAAACAGCAUUUGUUUUUUUAUUCAACUAAUUGUGCAGUAUACACAUUGACGCUUUCAAUCUAGACGUCAUAAUAUAACUCUCCAUACAGAUUUUGCUGGUUUGGAGAUUGUAACCUUGAGGUUGAUAUGUUAUCAGAUUCUCCUAAAUUUUGUUUUUCUUACAAGGAGAAAUUAGAAAUGGAUCGCUUCCGGGAAGGAACGAGUUCACUGAAUUGUUAUGAAAUUAGAAACGAAAAAUGUUGAGUAGAAAUAGAAUAAGAUUCCCAAAAGAGUUUAUUGUAUGAUUUGGAAGUGUGUCAUGGUUCCAGUUUUAAUCCUAUCGACGCAUAAAACAAUAGCAAUACCCAGAUCCCUCUCGCGUCUGCGCCUUUAAAAGCGUGAGAGAUCCAGCGACAAGGUCAAGUUGGGGAGUGUUAAAGGAAAAAAAGCCUGAAGGAAAUUAUAUUUAGCGCUCAAACGAACCCUAAAGAUUUUCUUUUCGCUUUUCUGUUGUAUUGCUGUUGGUAUUUUUGCUGCAGUUUAAGUUUCUUUUCAUCUGGCGUCAUUGGAAUAACUCGAAUUAAAGGAAAUUUAGUUAUCAUCCAGAACGUCAAUGUGAGUGACAAAUUUAUUCUCUAAAAUGAAGACAAAUUUACCACUGUACAUUGUGUGCUUGGUGGUCCUUCGUUGCAGUUAUAUAAAAUUUAAAUGAGUUUGUACUGCACUCUUCAGAAGAAAGGAAGAUAAUUGUUCGUGCGUACAGAUAACGUCGGAGCUGGCAGCCUGUCAUGUACGAAGAGUAUAACCUAGUACUCGGACUGUUGACGAGUGGGGUUCGUGAAUUGCCGGAAUCAUAAGAAUUUAGGCUCGGCUCCGUAAGUGGCAGUUUUUGUACGCACGAAAAAUGUUUAAAACGUAAGGCACUGUCUAAGGAGGAAUUAUUGGUUUCUAGGGGUAAAUUUUAUGUUAACUUAAGUUUUGUGAGUUGUUUCAAACGCUUGACCCUGUGAAGAAGGUUAAAUGGCUAGAAGUUUUUAAAUCUUGGUAUUUAUGAGUAGUAUUUAUUAGAGAUAGUGCACUGUCCAUGACAACUCCCUGCUUUUAGGGUUUGGUUUGGUGUAUCAUUUAUUUCCCUCUGUUAUUCAAUAUGCCAAUUAUAAUAGCAAACGUAUUUGCUUUAACCAAUCAGAAAGUGGUGUUCGCUUUGACAAAGAGCUAACGCUCGAGCCUCUUACUAAAUUGCCCUGUUAUACUCUUGCACCUACGCAGCACCUCAGUUUCUUUGGAAACUUACUCUCUUUAUCUCGACUCUGGCCCAUCAUGCUUUAGAAACUUAACGUGAGGUGAAGAUGACCUUCCACGCGCUUUUUGUUGGUAUCAUAACCACAUUGCAGCGCUUUCUCAUCGGUCACCCCGUUUUCUGAUUGGUUUGUUGCAUAAUCUACUUUGUUGUAAUUGGCUUACCUUGUGUAGAUGACACCUCUUACGUCAUUGGGAACACUAGGGUGAACUUUAGCGAAUGGCUGUUAGGCAGUGAUUAAAGAUCGCAAACAGUUGAUGUGAUAUGGGUAUGUUGUUAUUUAUUCUAAAAAAUUACUUCAUUACCAAUUUGAGAUUUAUUCCUCGCCAAUAUAAGUAUUACGGAUGAAUUAAAGUAUUUUUUGAUUCCUAGAAUAGAUCAAAAGGAAAAAAAGGAGAG